AAAAAGCUCGGCAUGCUCACUUGCACAGUAUUAUCGAUCGCGCACUCGUGGGAGCUUAGUUCCCGCCGUCAAAACGGAGUUUCCCGAGAAAAAGAGACUUCCACGGUGUAUCUAUACACGAGUGGCCGAGUGGUGUCAAAUCACGUGAUAUAUCUCCGAGCUGUCGUCCUGGUUGAGAGUGGCGGGCGUUGACGGCUAUUAAGGUCGCAUUCGGCUUUGUCUAUAUAAACAGGCUCAGAUCUCAGCGUACCACACCAACCAUCGGACUUUGCAAUACAGCAGUACGUUUCUUUCUUUGAUUUGAUUAAGCCUUUUCUAUUAUUUGUUUGAAGGCAUUUUGCAAUGGAUGUAACAGAUGGACUGGAAGUUCCCCAAGAAACACUGGAUGCAGAAAUCAAGUCAUUCUUCGAAUCCGCUCCUCCACUUAAAAACGGCGACGACAUUAGUGAAAAACUGGAGGAGUUUAUCGGGAGGAAUUCGUUGCCCUCAGGAAACGGAAGUGCUAGGAGGGUUGUGUGCGUGACAUCUGGAGGUACCACGGUUCCUUUGGAGCGACGGUGUGUUCGCUACAUUGAUAACUUCAGCUCGGGCCACAGAGGAGCAGCAUCCACGGAGUAUUUUAUUGAGGCCGGAUAUGCAGUUAUCUUUUUAUAUCGCAGGGGAACCUGCCAGCCACACUGCAGAUCUCUUCCUGAGGAUCCGUUACUUGAAUGUUUUGAAGUCACUGACGAGCGAAAUAUUCGAGUGCGCCAGUCAGAUUCUGAAGCUGUGAAGAGGGCCAUCACUGAGCAUCAUGCAGCAGUAGCAGAAGGCCUUCUGUUAAAACUUCCCUUUACCACCAUAUUUGAGUAUCUUCAGAUGCUGCAAAUGAUAGCCAUUUCAAUGAGGAGUCUUGGAGCACCUGCAAUGUUUUAUCUUGCUGCUGCAGUUUCUGACUUCUAUGUUCCUUGGACCAGCAUGGCAGAGCACAAGAUACAGUCAGCAUCUGGCCCUUUGGACAUGCGACUAGUUCAAGUGCCAAAGAUGCUUUUGGUACUGAGGAAGGACUGGGCCCCCAUGGCCUUCUGCAUAUCUUUCAAGCUAGAGACAGAUACAAAAAUUCUUUUAGAGAAGGCUGAUAUGGCUCUUAAAAAGUACAAGAUGCAUAUGGUUGUGGCGAAUGAGCUUUUGAGCCGCAAAGAGGAGGUUGUAGUUGUUACAACUAAUGACAAAGUAUCAGUUCACCGAGACAAGACUCAGGUUGGCAAUGAUGUGGAGAAUUCCCUGAUAAGACUUAUCGUGGAGAGACAUUCAGCUUAUCUUGAGAAUCCUAACCUAUGAUCUCUAAGGUACUGUUUGGCCAUUAGAAAUUUUCAUAUCAAACAUAAAAUUCUCAUCUCAUAAUUACAACCUUUUCAAAUCCCUAUACAAAAUAUAAUAAACAAUUUAACUUUUUCUUAACUUUCUCAAAUUCCAAAAUAAUAAUAAUAUUAAAAUAUAAUAUUUUAAUAUUUAAUCUUAAAACUCAAAAUUUUCAUCUGAAAAUUUUGAUAUAUAUCAGUUCACCGGGGCAAGACUUGGGUCCCUACUGGCAAAGCUUGUUUUGUAUCAUGGUGGAUCUUCUCCGUGUCAGCUAAGAUUUCGUUUCUUUGCGUUAGUGUAGGUUUUAACAUUAUUGUUUGGUUUAUCUGGUAUACAUGCUUUUUUUUUUUUUUUGGAGCAAGACGAGCAAAGCUUAUUUUGCUCUUCAAGCAAAAUAAUUUUGGAUAAACCUGUUACGGGGUGAGAUGAGGCGAAAAUUGUAAUCUGCUCAUCGUCUGGAAACAAUGAAUAAACUUUCAAUGGUUAUAGAUGAUGGUGUUAAUCCUCUUUA